AUGGAUCUGGUUUUUGUAAUCUAUAUGUCCAAGUCUGGAAUAGUGGAAAGUCUCUUGUCAUGGGCAGAUUCUGGAGUAGUGGUAAAGCAUAGUAGAACAUCAUCCCCAUCUUCUUAUGAGAAGGAUUUUUGUGAAUUGGUUGAAGAGCAUAGACAAGGGAUUGAGAGAUUACGAAAGGAGAUAGAUGAACUUGUAUCCUUGAGAAAGUUGGUUGAGGCUCCUGAUGACCUGUCUGAUAAAUGUAUGAAUGAUGUAACUGCAAAAGUGAAAGGUGGGUUUCCGGCAAGAAAAAGUAGUGCUGCUGAAGAAAGGAGACUUGCUGAUAUUGAACGAAAAAAGGUUGAGGAAAAUCUUAUUCAGUUGGAGAAGUUAAAGAGAGAAGCCGAUGACGCAAGAUCAAAAUUGGUUUUGGAGACAUUCAAGUCUGAAGAGGCAAACAAAAAGAUUGAGGCAAAAAAGAAAAAGGUGAUUACAGAGAAAAAACGCGCAGAUUCAGAGAUGGCCAAAGCAGAAGAGCUAAGGAAGUUUGCAGAAAUUAAUUAG